UCAAUGCUCUAUAUAAGACCUAAAGGUAGCUUGUGUAUACCACACACAGAGAGAAGAAAGCUUGAAAGCAACAUCAAUAUGGCAGUCAAGCAGCAACAUUCUAGCAAAGGCUUCAUCUUCCUCUUAUCACUGCUAUUCUUGCAGCUUUCUUCUGUGAAAGGGGAUCUGCAGCUGAACUACUACAAGGAGAGCUGCCCAAUGGCCGAAGAGAUCAUCAAAGAGCAAGUCAUCAAGCUGUAUAACAAACAUGGCAACACAGCUGUUUCAUGGAUUAGAAACCUCUUCCAUGACUGCAUGGUCAAGUCCUGCGAUGCGUCUAUACUACUAGAGACAGCGAACGGCAUCGUGUCAGAGAAAACUUCGGAGAGGAGCUUUGGAAUGAGAAACUUCAAGUACAUCAACACCAUCAAAGAGGCCGUCGAGAGCCAGUGCCCCACCACUGUAUCUUGUGCCGACAUUGUUGCUCUUUCUGCUAGAGAUGGCUUCGUUUUGCUUGGAGGGCCACAUAUUGAGAUGAAGACUGGCCGAAUGGAUAGCAAAGAGAGCUAUGUCUCGGAGGUGGUUGACUACAUCCCCAACCACAAUGACACCAUCUCAUUAGUCCUUUCUCGCUUUCAAUCUAUUGGCAUUGAUGUCGAAGGCACCGUAGCUCUCUUAGGGGCGCACUCGGUUGGCAGGGUCCAUUGCCUCAACCUUAUCAACAGGCUCUACCCAACAGUCGAUCCAACCCUCGACCCUAACUAUGCCGUUUACCUCAAAGGUCGGUGCCCAUCGCCAGUGGCUCAUCCAGAGGCCGUGGAGUAUGCCCGGAAUGACGGGGAGACGCCAAUGGUGAUUGACAACAUGUACUUCAAACAUUUGCUGAGCCACAAGGGGCUACUAACCGUGGAUCAGGAGCUGGCCUCUGACCCUACAACCACUCAUUUAGUUGCCAAGAUGGCUGCCGACAAUGCUUACUUCUACGACCAGUUUUCCAGGGCUUUGUUGCUCUUGUCCGAGAACAAUCCCCUCACUAGUGACCAAGGAGAGAUCAGAAAGGAUUGUAGAUUUGUCAACAAGGCUUAAUUGAUCAAACCUGGUAAUAAUCUAAAUGGGUUCUAAGACUUGCUUGUGUUAAUGAAAAGACAAAGAAGUCUAAUAUUGUAUUGUCGUAAAUUGUGUGAAAGAAUAAUAAUCACAUUACAGUUGUGUCAA